AUGCCUGAACUCCCACAGGAAAUCAUUGAUGAAAUCAUCGAUGAGCUGCGCUCGUCCAAAUCUGCUACUCUAGCAGAUCUGAAAUCCUGCUCCCUCGUCUCGCGAGCUUUUGUGCCCCGUACGCGUGGCUACAUGUUUCGCAGUGUCGAACUUAGGACGUGCCGGGAUUGCGAGAGGUUUCUCGACAUGUGUCACUCGUCAUCGAUCAAUGCCGUUCCUGUACCCCCCGUUAUCGUGGCUCUCCUGCUCACCCCCUCGCAGCGCGAUCCCCGGCGCAUGGAAACGAACGCGGCGCUCGUCGAGAUCCUCACGACUUAUCUGCGCAACUUGCGCCAUCUCACCAUCCAAGGCUGGACGUUCCCAAUCACCCCUUCGGAUUGCAUGCAUGCCUUCACGAAUUAUCCGUUUACCUCCCUGGCCCUCCAGUGUGUCACAUUCCACGCUUUCUGCGAUGUGAUCGCGUUCAUCAAGUCCUUUCCCACUCUUCGGCAUCUCACGUUACUAAACGUAGAGGUACGCAAGUCUUUCUUCGUGGAGCUCGAACGGUACUCUCCGCCUAUCCCAUAUCCACUACAGCUGGAUAGCCUUUCGGUGUCUCAGCGCUUUCCAUCCAUAUACGAAAGUUUGGUCCUCAGGGCAAAUAUCAUGACUUUAUCACGCGUUCGGCGACUCGCACUCUGUCUCCACAGUGGCGGGGACCGUGACUCGGCCCAGCAAAUCAUUAGCCAAGGGGCGGAAACCCUCGAACACCUUCACCUCAUGUUCGGAAGCUUCAUCGACGACAUACCCGAUCUCUCGCAGUACCUAAACCUGCCACGAUUACGACAACUUGACAUUACCCCGUUUAUCCUCGAAUACGGGACGACCAACUUUGGACAGAUGGGAACAUGGAUAGAGCACCUCCGCCAGGCAGGGAGCGUCCUCGAGAACGUCAACCUGCGCGUGAGGCUCGGGCACGAGACGGAUGUCUUCGACUCGGUCUGGUCGAAAUUGGCUGCUAUAUUGUCGUUGACGCAGAUUCGCGCCCUUUCGAUAUACGCGUUCCUCCAUGAAGGCCUCCUCGCGUCGAUGAAUGUCGAUAAUGCCAGAAUAAAGAUCGAGAGCCAUUUUGCGCACCUCCAUCAUCGGAGAGUGCGCGUCACCGUGGCGAUGAAGGGUUCCAAGGAUAUGAAGAACCAUAUGUUACAGAUAUCUAUACAAUUCUCGUAA